AUGGUCAAUAAGUUAGCAGCUAAUGUUCUUGAUUUUCAGCAGCAAAAUCUUAAUUUCCAAAAGGAGAUGAAGGAUUUUCAACAGAAAACUGAGGCGUCUAUCAGAGAGUUGACCACAUCGAUCGAGAAAUUAACCUCUCAAGGGAAGCUGCUGUCACAAACAGAGCCAAACCCUAGACAAAAUGCAAAUGCAGUGAUGUUACGAAGCGGAAAGGUACUGGAAUCGAUUCCUGACAGGAAUCUUACCCAAAAAAUUGCCCAGGAAAAACCCGAAAAAGACGAACAAGUCCGACCAAAGCCUCCAUUGCCUAAAAUUCAACCUCCAUUUCCAGAACGAUUCAUCCAAUGUCGAAGAGGUAAAGAGGACAAGGAAAUUCUUGAAACAUUUAGAAAUGUUGAGAUCAACAUUCCGAUGUUGGAUGCCAUCAAGCAAAUACCACGGUAUGCUAAAUUUCUUAAAGAGCUUUGCACUAACAAGCGAAAAUUGACAGGUAAUGAAAGGGUGAAUGUUGGUGAGAAUGUAUCCGCAGUAUUACAGCGAAAAAUGCCGGCAAAAUGCAAGGAUAGGGGCAUGUUUGCAAUACCAUGCGAAAUAGGCCAUCUGGGAAUUAAAAAGGCUAUGUGUGAUCUAAGGGCUUCUAUAAAUGUAAUGCCAUAUUCUGUUUAUGAAUCACUUAACGCAGGUUUUUUGACAAAAACAGCUGUUAUCAUCCAAUUAGCGGACAGGUCUGUUGUGCAUCCAGAAGGAGUCCUUGAGGAUGUUCUGGUAAAAGUUAACGAUCUUAUUUUCCCUGCAGAUUUUUAUGUGAUCAAAAUGGAGGAGGAUAGCACUCCUGGAUCUUCAGAUCUUCUGCUGGGUCGACCGUUCCUUAGUACAGCAAAUACUAAAAUUGAUGUUCGAAGUGGAACUCUCACGAUGGAGUUUGAUGGGGAGAUCGUAAAGUUUAAUGUCUACAACGCCAUUAGCCAUCCAAGUGAAAUAUUGAGCGCACCAGAGUUGGAGUUAGAACCUGCAGGAAAGGCAAGGAAAUUAGACAUCCAAGAGUUAGAAGAAAUUCGCAAUGAUGCCUACGAGAAUGCUUACAUUUAUAAAGACAAAACAGAGUUAUUUCACGAUAAGAGAAUAGCUCAGAAGCAUUUUUUGGUAGGACAAAAAGUUUUACUUUAUAACUCCGUGUUAAAGUUAUUCCCAGGUAAGCUUCGAUCACGAUGGCAAGGACCUUUCAUUGUUACUAAAGUGUUCACACAUGGAGCGGUUGAAAUAGAGAGUGAAGAAUCUGGAAAGCGGUUCAGUAGUCAAUGGCCGUGUUGA